AUACCAAUCAGGGAAUCACAACACAAAAAUAACAAAAAUGGCAGAAGUGAAAUCACUCGCGUCCACAUGCACCUUCCAAUAAUAUUUUAUGUGAAAGAAGCCAAUUCCUCCCUAAAUUUCCAAAACCAUGAACUUGAAGCACAAGCAGCCGAUCUAAUUGUGGGGGUAUAAAUAGAUCUAGAAACCCAGCAUAACAAAUCAGGUAUCACAACACAAAAAUGGCAGGAGUGAAACUACUAGGAGCCUGGUCUAGUCCAUAUGUCUAUAGGGUUAUAUGGGCACUAAAGCUCAAGGGUGUGGAGUAUGAGUAUGUAGAGGAGUAUGUGUUAUUCAACAAGAGUGAUGAACUUCUAAAGUACAACCCAGUGCACAAGAAGGUACCUGUUCUUGUUCAUGAUGGGAAACCAACUGCUGAGUCCAUUAUCAUUCUUGAGUACAUUGAAGAGGCAUGGCCACACAACCCCUUGCUUCCGAAAGACCCACACCAAAGAGCCGAGGCUCGGUUUUGGGCCAAGUUCGGAGAGGACAAGAACCGAGCUUUUAUUGGGCUCUUUUUUGCUACUGGGGAAGAACAAGUGAAAGCAAUAAAAGAAGCGCAGGAAAAUCUUAAAAUCUUGGAGGAGCAUGGCCUGGGAAACAAGAAGUUCUUCGGCGGCAACGAUAUUGGAUUGGCUGAUUUAGCAUUUGGUUGGAUGGCUUUGUGGCUGGAAGUCUUGGAGGAAGCAGCCAGUGUUAAAGUAUUUGAAGGAGAUAGCUUUCCUCGCUUGCAUGCAUGGAUUCAAAGUUUCAAGGAAUCCCCAACAAUCAAAGAAAACCUACCUGAGCGCAGUGCAUUGUUGAACUAUUUCAAAGGCGGAAGGGCAACAGUUGUUGCUUCAGCACAAUCAUGAAUAAUAUAUACUAGCUAAGUAGCUAGUGCUAGCUGGUGUCACUUCUUUGUUACUUGUCAUGUUGUAUUAGUUGGACUGUCCAAUUUCCAGAAAAUAUACACUCCCAUGGCCUACUGGAGUUAAAGGUCUCCAUAUUCCUACUCUUUUUUUUCUCGUGCUAGGGAGAGACGUCUGGUCAUAUAAUAAAAUUUAAUUCCAAAGAAGAGGUCAGGAAUAUUGUUAAACUACUAAUGGAUAAUGAAGUGUACUUUUCUCUUUUUCUCUAAUUGACUUUGAAAAGUCAAUUAAAGUGGAAAUUGCACACAUUUUGACGA